AUGUCUCCCACCUCUCCGAUCGAGACCAUUGCUGCAAAGGACGACUUCAGUUAUGGGACGCUCAGCAUCCAGGCCGAGAACAAAGAGCUCAAGCAAUUCAACGAGGUCAUCAGUUCGCCUGCCGUCAAGAAGCAUGUGCAUGGAGAGCUCCUCAACUUGAGGGAGAAGGUUUCGAUUAUCAAGUAUGGUUUCCGACAGGUGUAUGAAGACCUCCGGCGCUUUGAAAGGGAACACGUUAGGAGGGAGAACAAGCACGAGCUUUCUCAGCAGUGGAAAGAACUUCAGAAGCGAUUCAAUGUUUUGAUGGACAAAAGCCAUGAAGACGCCGUCAAGGCUGCGGGAUUCUUGCAGAUGUAUAGCACUGGACUCCUCACAAAGACCGACGAAUCGAGAUACGAAUCGCUUCGAGUGGAACUACAAAGCCUAUUAGAGACCUUGGACAAGCAUGAAGCUGGCGCCCUCGAGAACAAGAGCGGCUUUAGUGCACUCGCUGAUGACCUUGGCGACUUUUGUAGCGAUAUCGAUGACACGGUGGAGGAUGUCACAGGAAGUGUCACUGCGGAGCUGACUGAAGCGAAGGCCCACUGCAACAAACUCAGUCUGCAGGUGCAGGACUUGUCACAACAGGCAAGAAAGACAGGUCUGGCAUGCAUGUCUUCGCUGUCCGUGGGGGCGGUCGCUGUCGGAUUCGCAGUGCUCACUCUAUCUCCUGCUGCUGUGGUGACGGCUGUGACAUCUAUGUUUGCUGCGGCGGGGUCUAGCGUAGAAUACUUCAAAAUUAUAAGGGAGAGAUCGUGUGUCAGGGACGAGGCCAAAGAGUGGGAAUCGAAGAAGGAGAUGCUGAUGUCAGAGAACGACGUUCUAAAGAAGUUAACCAACCUAGAGAAAACCAAGGAAGAUGUCAAGCAGCUUCGUGAACAAGUCGACAUCAUUGCGGACAUCUGGCAGAAGAUCCGUGGAGACAUGCAGCAUCUCAAGACUUACUUGGAACUUACUGUGGGUCCCGACGCCCCGAUAACUCAGUUUCUACCCGAAAAGCUUGAACUGGCUGCUACGCUGUACAAAGAGCUUGCUGGGCUUCUUGAGCUGUACGGCAAAGGAUCAACUUCAGAGCUAUCUGCGAGUGCUCAAGAGCAUUAG